AUGUUUGAACUUUUAAAUAGAAAAUUUCUUUUCCCAAUAGGUCUUCUAUUGAUCAAUUUAAUAAUUAUUCUUGCCUCUGAUGUUGACCAACAAGAGACAUGGGUUUCACCAGAAAAUCAGUAUGAUUAUGAUGAGGUUAAUAAUGCAAUAGCGACAGAUGAAGGUACGUCAAAUAUAAAUCGAAAGGUGGCAGAAUCUCAGAAUCAUAAUCACAGGCAUAAUUACCACCAUAAAAGCCACCAUAAUUAUAGAUAUUAUAACACUUAUUAUAACCAAUACGCCCCUAAACAUAUAGGUACAACUGAUGAUGAAGGAAAUUAUAUUAGUGAUCAUUUUACUUAUGUACCGGAGAGUAGUCACCAUUAUCAUUACAAUAAUCAUCAUAAAAAUGUUUAUCAAAUGGGAUGGAGUAGCCACAA